AUGGUUGCUCAGUUCCCUAUUGAGGCUGAUAUACGCACCCUCGAACUUAUGCACUUCCUCGUAACAGCUCCAGGCUAUCAGCCACUCAAGACAAUUUGGAUUGAGAUAGCACUAUGCGACUCCGGGGCAUUCCAUGUGACUCUCGGCAACGCAGCUCAUGCUUUAAAUCAGAUUAGUGGGAAUGACAGUCUGAAAUGUUCGGAGGCUUUGAGUCACUUUGGAAUUUCAACAAGGAAAUUAAGACACCGCCUUAAUAACUCCACGGAGAGUACCAGCAAAGGGGUCAUCGCCAACAUAUUGGCGCAUAACUGUCUCGCUAUAAGAAGCUAUGAUUGGGAUAGUUGGAGUAUUCACAUGGAUGGCUUGGGUCUCAUAGCGAAAGCUCGUGGCGGAUUCGCCGAUCUCGGAGAUCAGAUGAUCCUUUUAAUACUGCUGUACGACUUAGCUGGCUCUAUGUUCUUUGACUCGAAUCCGCGAUUCGAUCUUCCUCCACAACUUGUUGGCAUAUCCCAUAGAUCUGCGAGACAACCCGCCCCCAGGUUAGAAGCUUUACUUGUCCAGCCCAUGUCCGCUGCAUUCCUUCCAGCUGGUCAAGUAUUGAUUAUGGUUUCAUCAAUUGCGGAUGUCAUCAACAUGAACAGCCGCUGUGCAUCAUUUUGGAAGAAAGAUGUCGAUGCAAUCCGUGAUUUCAUGACCAUGUCUGACUCAGAAGAUCUUGUCGCGAGAGAAGUGGUUCGGCUUACCUGUCUUUUGCUCAUGUCGAAACUAAAGGAAUCAUUUGCGUUUCCUCCAAGCGAGCAAGAAUCACUACAUGCUCGGCUUGCUGAGCUCUUCACUCAGCAUGUCGAGAUACUUGGGAAAAAAUAUAUUGAGCUGAAAGUUUGGGCUCUUGUCACUCUUGCGUUACUGCGAUACCAUGACGGCAAAGAUGUCUAUGUCCAGGAGAUGAAAAGGGAAAUACUUGCAAUGAACAAACUGACUCCACCUGAAUUCAUUGAGAUUGCAAGAGAAAUUAUCUGGAUUGAUGUCUUGAUGUCGCCAUUUUCAGAAGAUCUCGCGGCAGACAUGAAUCCCUUUGUUUCACCCGAAGGAGCCUACUGA